CGUUAAAACUCGUUUCAUAAUCCCAUUAUUGCUAUGUUGUUGUAUCAAAGAGGAUCGUCUUGCUCAAGACUCUAGAGUGUAGCCAGCUCAUUCCAGCAAACUCCCACUCCCUACAUCUUAUCCCUUAAAAUCCCCCCCACUGGCUCUCUCCUUCACAUAUUCCUUUCCAACACAAACCAAAAGACAUGGCUUCAUCAUCUCCUCUUUCUCCCAUUCUCCUCUCUCUGUUUCUAGUAUUCAUUUGUGGGGUGUCAGCUCAAACGGCUCCCGCCCCUGCCCCCUCUGGCCCCUUGAAUUUCACUGGAAUCCUUGACAAAAAUGGCCAAUACACCUACUUCCUUCAGCUUUUGGCACAGACUCAAGUUGGGAGCCAAGUACAAACUCAACUCAAAACCACCACUGAAGGCUUUACCGUCUUUGCUCCCACAGAUAAUGCCUUCAACAACCUCAAACCUGGUACCGUCAAUAACCUGGACCCACAACAGAAAGUACAACUAGUUCUAUACCACGUUAUUCCCAAAUACUACUCCUUGAACGAUCUCCAAUUUGUUAGCAACCCCGUUAGAACCCAAGCUGGUCAGGAUUUCGGCCUCAACGUCACUGGCCUGAACAACCAGGUUAACGUCUCAAGCGGGGUUGUCGAGACUCAGAUUAACAACGCAUUAUAUCAAAAGAAACCUCUGGCAAUUUAUCAAGCGGACAAGGUGUUGUUGCCUGAAGAGUUUUUUGAAGCUAAAUCCCCAGCGGCUGCACCUUCACCGGCGACAAAGAAAUCAUCAACAGGGUCUAAAUCGAACUCAAGAGCAUCAGCAACCGCAGAUGAGCCAGCUUCUGCUGAUAAUUCAGGCUCAACCGGAAGGAAUAUGGGGUUGGGAUUCGUUGUUGGGCUUGCAUUGGCUUGCAUGGGAUUUCUCUCAUGAGCGGAUAUAUAUGAAGUUGGUCUGCAUUUUUUACUAUAAAUUUUCGUUUUUCAAAUGGAUCGAUAAGGGUCUGAUUGGUCGUUGAACAUAUUCUUGUUAUCCACAUUAUUUGUAUUUCCAGAAUUUUUUGUUGAUUUUGCUUCUGCGCGCUGCUUGAUGUUAAUAAUAAUAUAUGUGAGUUUCUGAAAA